CUCUUCCUCUCUGGUCUCCUCCCUCCUCUGGGCCUGGUUGCAAAUGGCUUCGUUCCCUGAGACCGACUUCCAGAUCUGCCUGCUCUGCAAGGAGAUGUGCGGCUCGCCGGCGCCGCUCUCCUCCAACUCGUCCGCGUCGUCGUCGUCCUCGCAGACGUCCACGUCGUCGGGGGGCGGCGGCGGGGGCCCCGGGGCCGUUGCUCGCCGCCUGCACGUCCUGCCCUGCCUGCACGCCUUCUGCCGCCCGUGCCUCGAGGCGCACCGGCUGCCGGCGGCCGGCGGCGGCGCGCCGGGCGAGCCACUCAAACUGCGCUGUCCCGUGUGCGACCAGAAAGUAGUGCUGGCCGAGGCGGCGGGCAUGGACGCGCUCCCCUCGUCCGCCUUCCUGCUCAGCAACCUGCUCGACGCCGUCGUGGCCACGGCGGAUGAACCGUCGUCCAAGAACGGGCGUGCCGGCGCCCAAGCGGGCGCGGGUGGCCACAGCAACCACCGGCACCACGCGCAUCACGCGCACCCGCGCGCGCCCGCCUCGGCGCCGCAGCUCCCGCAGGCGCCUCCGCCGCCUGCGCCUUCCCGCUCCGCGCCGGGUGGACCGGCUGCCUCCCCAUCGGCGCUGCUGCUGCGCCGGCCUCACGGCUGCAGCUCCUGUGACGAGGGCAACGCCGCCUCGUCGCGCUGCCUCGACUGCCAGGAGCACCUGUGCGACAACUGCGUCCGCGCGCACCAGCGCGUGCGCCUCACCAAGGACCACUACAUUGAGCGCGGCCCGCCGGGUCCCGCCGCCGCAGCCGCCGCCGCCGCCGCAGCAGCACAGCAGCUCGGGCUCGGGCCGCCCUUCCCCGGCCCGCCCUUCUCCAUCCUCUCGGUGUUCCCCGAGCGCCUCGGCUUCUGCCAGCACCACGACGACGAGGUGCUGCAUCUGUACUGUGACACUUGCUCGGUGCCCAUCUGCCGUGAGUGUACAAUGGGCCGGCAUGGGGGCCACAGCUUCAUCUACCUCCAGGAGGCGCUGCAGGACUCGCGGGCACUCACCAUCCAGCUGCUGGCCGAUGCCCAGCAGGGCCGCCAGGCAAUCCAGCUGAGCAUCGAGCAGGCCCAGACUGUGGCAGAACAGGUGGAGAUGAAGGCAAAGGUGGUCCAGUCGGAGGUCAAAGCUGUGACUGCAAGGCAUAAGAAGGCCCUGGAGGAGCGGGAGUGCGAGCUGUUGUGGAAGGUAGAGAAGAUCCGCCAGGUGAAAGCCAAGUCUCUGUACCUGCAGGUGGAGAAGCUGCGGCAGAACCUCAACAAGCUUGAGAGCACCAUCAGUGCCGUCCAGCAGGUCCUGGAGGAGGGGAGGGCGCUGGAUAUCCUGCUGGCCCGAGACCGCAUGCUGGCCCAGGUGCAGGAGCUGAAGAAUGUGCGCAGCCUCCUGCAGCCCCAAGAAGACGACCGGGUCAUGUUCACACCCCCCGACCAGGCCCUGUAUCUCGCCAUCAAGUCCUUCGGCUUUGUCAGUAGCGGGGCCUUUGCGCCACUCACCAAGGCCACGGGCGAUGGCCUCAAGCGGGCCCUCCAGGGGAAGGUGGCCUCCUUCACCGUCAUUGGCUACGACCAUGAUGGGGAGCCCCGUCUCUCCGGAGGCGACCUCAUGUCGGCCGUGGUCCUGGGCCCUGAUGGCAACCUGUUUGGGGCAGAGGUGAGUGAUCAGCAGAAUGGGACUUACGUGGUGAGCUACCGGCCCCAGCUGGAGGGCGAGCACCUGGUGUCAGUCACCAUGUGCAACCAGCACAUUGAGAACAGCCCCUUCAAGGUGAUGGUCAAGUCUGGCCGCAGCUACGUGGGCAUCGGGCUCCCCGGCCUGAGCUUUGGCAGCGAGGGUGACGGCGAUGGCAAGCUCUGCCGCCCUUGGGGGGUGAGUGUGGACAAGGAGGGCUUCAUUGUCGUCGCCGACCGCAGCAACAACCGUAUCCAGGUAUUCAAGCCCUGUGGCACCUUCCACCACAAAUUCGGCACCCUGGGCUCCCGGCCCGGGCAGUUCGACCGGCCGGCCGGGGUGGCCUGCGACGCCUCCCGAAGGAUCGUGGUGGCUGACAAGGACAAUCAUCGCAUCCAGAUCUUCACCUUUGAUGGCCAGUUCCUCCUCAAGUUUGGCGAGAAAGGAACCAAGAAUGGGCAGUUCAACUACCCUUGGGAUGUGGCGGUGAAUUCUGAGGGCAAGAUCCUGGUCUCUGACACUCGGAACCACCGGAUCCAGCUGUUCGGGCCGGAUGGAGUCUUUCUGAAUAAGUACGGCUUCGAGGGGGCUCUCUGGAAGCACUUUGACUCCCCUCGGGGCGUGGCCUUCAACCACGAGGGUCACUUGGUGGUCACCGACUUCAACAACCACCGGCUCCUGGUCAUUCACCCCGAUUGCCAGUCGGCACGCUUCCUGGGCUCAGAGGGCACUGGCAAUGGGCAGUUCCUGCGCCCACAGGGCGUGGCCGUGGACCAGGAGGGGCGCAUCAUCGUGGCUGAUUCCAGGAACCACCGGGUACAGAUGUUCGAGGCCAAUGGCAGCUUCCUGUGCAAGUUCGGCGCUCAGGGCAGUGGCUUUGGGCAGAUGGACCGCCCAUCUGGCAUCGCCGUCACCCCUGACGGGAUGAUCGUCGUGGUGGACUUUGGCAACAAUCGAAUCCUCAUCUUCUAAUCACAUUUUCUAGGCUUCUGUGUUUGGGGUGUGCAUGUGUACGUCUCUCUGUCUCUCUGUCUCUCCCCUUUUGAAUUUCAAAGAAGAAAAACAGUCUCAGGGAAAUUUCUUUUUUUUUUUCUUUUGUUUAAAGAGAACAAGAAAAGUACAACAUUGCUUAAGUCCUACCUCAUCUUUAUUUUUUUACAGAUGAAUGUACUUAUCUUUUCUGCAGGGAUUGAGCCUGUGAAGUGAUAAUUUCUAUCUACCUCAUAAAUCUUUUCCAUUUCCUUCUCCAGCAGGCCCUCUGCCCGCCUCCCACCCUCACUCAGUGGAGUUCACGGUUCCCUCUUCCCCCUCUGCGGGGCGUGAUAUGCACAAGCCUUGCGCCUCUGGCUGGGAGGGCACUGGAUGUGAGUGGUGGGCUGUAUUCUGUAGAUUGAGCCAAGGAAACAUGAAAAAAACUACUAAGGAAAACAAAGUAUAAAAUGUGGAAAAAUAGGAUUUAAAAUGCCUAAUUAUAGAGUAUUUGUGUUGAGAAUACUGUGUUUAUGGGGUUAGGUUGUGUUGUGUGUUCUUGAUCUUUUUGGGAAAAAAAUCUCUCUUUUUUUAAAAUGCUGCAACAGAGAACUUUCCUAUGUUCUCCUUUUAUACCUCACUGUGUUGAUCAUCCUGUUCAGCAUCUUUUCUUACUCCUAGAAGAUGUGGCUGUGGCUUGCUAGCCAAGAAAAGCAGACUAUUCAUAUUUUAGGGUAU